GACGAGCCGAUUCGAAGUUCUUUCCACGUGCAGAUUGUGUUCUUGUAUUUUUAUGUUUGUAGCCGUGUUAGGAAAAUAAUCUUACUAUUUUAACCAUGUUAGUACUUUUCGAAACGCCAGCAGGCUAUGCGAUCUUUAAGCUCCUCGAUGAGAAGAAACUACACAAAAUCGAUAACCUGUACAAGGAUUUUGAAACACCAGAUGCCGCUAGCAAAGUGGUUAAAUUGAAGCAUUUUGAAAAGUUCAAUGACACAACAGAAGCCUUGGCAGCUGCAACUGCUGCAGUAGAGGGGAAGAUGAGCAAGAGUCUUAAAAAAGUUUUAAAGAAAAUUGUUGCCAAAGACAUUCACCAAGAAUUGGCUGUGGCUGAUGCUAAGCUGGGAGGUGUCAUUAAGGAGAAGCUUAGCUUGAAUUGUGUCUCCAGCUCAGCAGUUCAAGAGCUGAUGCGAGGAAUCAGGUUACAGCUUGAAAGUCUUAUCACAGGUCUUCCUAAUAAAGAAAUGAGUGCUAUGGCCUUGGGAUUAGCACACAGCUUGUCACGUUAUAAGCUCAAGUUCAGUCCAGACAAAAUUGACACCAUGAUUGUCCAGGCGAUAUCUUUACUGGAUGACCUUGACAAGGAACUGAACAACUAUGUGAUGCGUUGCCGUGAGUGGUAUGGCUGGCAUUUUCCUGAACUGGGCAAGAUUGUCACAGACAACCUAGCCUAUGCAAAAACUGUCAAGACUAUGGGCACUCGUUUAAAUGCUGAUAAAACUGAUUUGUCUGAGAUUCUGCCUGAGGAAGUUGAGGAGGAAGUCAAAGCUGCUGCAGAGAUCUCCAUGGGAACUGAGAUCUCUGAGGAGGACAUGAAUAAUAUCAUUUACCUCUGUGAUCAGAUCAUUGAAAUGACUGAUUACCGUGCUCAGCUAUAUGAUUACCUCAAGAAUCGAAUGACAGCUAUUGCCCCAAACCUGACUGUGCUUGUUGGAGAGCUUGUUGGUGCCAGACUAAUUGCACAUGCAGGGUCACUUCUAAAUUUAGCCAAGCAUCCAUCGUCAACAGUUCAAAUCUUGGGUGCAGAGAAGGCAUUGUUCAGAGCACUAAAAACAAAACGUGAUACUCCCAAAUACGGUCUGAUCUUCCAUGCGUCGCUUGUGGGCCAAACAAAUCCAAAACACAAAGGAAAGAUUUCAAGAAUGCUAGCGGCCAAGGUUUCCCUUGCAGCACGAGUCGAUGCCCUGGGAGAAGACAGUGGAACGGCCAUGGGGGUUGAAAACAGAGCAAAACUUGAAAUGAGGUUGAAGGCACUUGAAGAGAAUCAGCUGAGAAGAAUCAGUGGUACUGGCAAGGCCAAAGCAAGAGUAGACAAGUACGAAAACAAAAGCGUUGUAAUGUCGUACAAUCCGGCUACUGACUCGACCAUCGCCACACCAGGAAAGAAACGGAAGAGAUCAGAAGAAAAUGGAGAUUCGACACCAGGCGACAGCGUCCCAGUUACGCCGAGCACGCCUGUAACAGAAGAAGUUGACGGCGAGACGCCGGCUAAAAAGUCAAAGAAAGAAAAGAAAAAAAAGAAGAAGAAGAACGAAGAAUCUAAAGAUGAAGACGAUGAAGAACAAUUAGAGACCCCCGCGGCUGUGGUGAGAACUAAGUCUCUCGAAUGGUGUAGAAAUAAUCUUGUUUCGGAGUUGAAAGAAUUU